AGCAGGAAAAACUAUCUCUACACAAACCAAGGGGUGGGAUAGUAAAAAAAAAAAAAAGAGAGAAGAAAACUGUAUUCCACAGCUGCACAAAACCAUACUUUCUGACCAGCCAGAUCCUUGCAGGUGUGAUGAAUUAGCGUCACCUCAUGAACCAUUCUUCACGUCCGAUGAGAUGACCAGGCUUGAUUAUGAACAAGGCUCCAAAUCGGGGUUUGUGGAUCUUACGCAGAACUAGAUGGAGGAUUCAUGUCUGAAGACCUGAUGGAUUUAUGGAUCAUGCUACCAAGUCACAAAAACACAUGCACUGUGCUCCUUAUCAUGGGUGUUUCUCAGGAUGACAAAGACUCUGCCAAACACUUCUUUGUGAACAAACACAUAAGCUGGUAGUUGGGUGGGGCUUCUGCAGGUGCUUUAAAAGCAUGAAAAGCCAGUCACAGACAGAAAACACUACCAUUAAUUUGGGCAAAACUUCUUGUUCCAGUAAUUUGUUGCAGCCUUGAAGACAGAUUUCAAGAUGCCUCCUCCAAUGGUUCCACACGGCAUGUGCUUAAAAGUCAUGAACAACCGCAACAUGAAGGGCGGCAUGGGCUCUGAAACAAAUCCUCUGAAGUUCAUGGAUCAGGACUACGACUUUCUACAAGACUACUGUCUCAAGACAAAUCAGAGUUUUGUUGAUGAGUUUUUCCCACCAGAUGCUUGUUCUAUUGGCGAAGGGCUGCUGGAGAAAGAUGACAUGGCCAGGGUGGAGUGGAUAAGACCAACGGUAUUAUAUCCAAAUUUGGCUGAAUUUAUUGUAAAGACAGUGUCCAGGUUUGACUAUGCCCAAGGAAAUAUAGGAAACUGCUGGUUUCUGGCCUCUGUCGGGGCUCUAACAUUUCAAAACAAACUAUUACAUAAAGUUGUUCCAGACGGACAGUCAUUCAGCCACAAUUAUACUGGUUUAUUUCAUUUCAGAUUCUGGCGUUUUGGAAAAUGGUAUGACGUUGUGAUUGAUGACAAACUGCCAACAAUCGGACGGCAGCUGAUUUUUGUGAAAUCAAAAACAUUUAAUGAGUUUUGGCCUGCUUUACUGGAAAAAGCAUAUGCCAAGGUGUGCGGCUCCUACGCUGACAUGCAUAGUGGUAGAGUAUCUGAGGCCCUCUUGGACUUUACCGGUGGGGUCCAUAUGCACUAUGAACUGAAUACGGCUCCUAAUGACUUGUGGGAGAUAAUGUACCGUGCUUACCAGUCAGAGGUCCUUAUGGGUUGUGAAACUCCAGCAGGGAAAGAGACGCGGUUAUCAAAUGGCAUAGUCUUGGGCCACGCUUACACCGUGACAAAGGUUUACAAGGUCACGAGUGGUGGAAACCCAGUUAAGCUGGUUAGACUGUUCAACCCAUGGGGAGACAGUGAGUGGGAAGGAGACUGGAGUGACAAAUCACCUUUGUGGAACACAGUGAGCAAUGAGGACCGCAAACAACUCCUUGUGAACGAAAAUGGAGAAUUCUGGAUGUCAAUGAAAGAUUUCCUUAGAACAUUCGACAACAUGGAUAUCUGCUGUACCAGUCCUGAUUUUCUGGAAGAGAGAUCUGCUUGUCACUGGAUUUCCAAGUACCACCAUGGCAGCUGGGUUUCUGGGAGCACAGAUGGAGGCUGCAUGAAUUAUGAAGACAGCUUCUGUAAAAACCCCCAGUUUUGGCUGAGGAUUAAUGAGUUGGAUAAGGCCUGUGAACAGGGCCAGAACAAUGUUCUGGUGACUCUCAUACAGAAACCUGACAAGAGACAUAGACGCCACUCUGCACACCAUGGCAUUGGUUUCUACGUGUUUGCAAUUCCACCUGAGAUAAAAUCUGAGGGAAAGUUUGGAUCAAGCUUCUUCCAUGGAAGAAAGCCUGUGGUAACAAGCAGGCCCUUUCAGGAUGCAAGACAGGUGAUGAAAUUCUUCAGGCUGGAGGCGGGAGAGUAUCUCAUCGUACCAUCCACAUACCAGCCCAAUAAGAGCGGAGAAUUCAUCCUGUCCAUUCUCUGCAAAAAUGAAAUCCACAUUCAUGGAUAGGACUUGCCAUGUACUCAUGAGGGACUAUCUCAGGAGGUUUGUCGACAAAUGCACGAAGCAGUGUGAAAAUAAACAGUGCUCUAAAACAAUUAUUGAUUUA